AUGAGUAACGACAACGCCGGUCUAGAAAAUAAGGAGUUUUUAUUGAAUGCAGCCACUGAAUCGCUUCCAUCGAUGUUACGCUUGUUAUUCGUCAAAACCAAUAGAAUUCAGUUAAGAGGCGAACUCUAUGCUAAAAUUGACACCUUCAAUUUUGUAGUGGAAAGUACUGAGUUAAAUAUUAACCACCAUUUCGAUAUUCCCGAGAGCGUUGAAAUGUUAUUCAUGUUGCUAUUGGAAAAGGUGAAGAUGUUGAUGUGCUCAUUAGGUUAUAUCGAUGUGAGUGACUUUAAAGUUCAACGUAUAAAGAUCAAUAUAAAAAUGGAUCGUUCAACUUCCAAAAACUGCAUGCAAAAACUAUCAUUACCUUUAAAGUAUCGCGUUAAAAAUGCAGCAUAUGAUAUCGAUCCAGAACGGCUGAAAUCUGGACAUCCGAAGAAAGAGAGUUGUGAUCUUGACGCAAUAACUUCCAUUUAUAAGCAUUAUAAAUUAACUGGGGAUGGAAAUCAAUUGCUUAACUUAAGAGCAAUAGAUUUGUAUUGCUUUAAAUUGUGCCACACCUCUGCGGAAGUUCACACAGAACCUUUUUAUCUCACGUCGCCUAUUGGUGUGAAAGAAAAUCGCAGCUUUAUUAUACUUGAAGACGUACUUGGCAAUUUUCAACGUUUUAUGGAAAUAACGAACCCUCUUCAUUUUGCAAACGUUGAAAAUCCAACCGAUCCGGUUACUUGUAUAAAAUGUAAUACGCAUUACGCUCAAUUGGUCCAAUUGGAAUUACAUCAACGUUUGGAGUGUGGCGAUGAUUUUGAAAUAUAUGAACUGGACAAUAACUAUGAUGAAGAGAGCGAUCCUAAUCAAUUCGAAAUUAAGACUACAUUUGAGAAAUGGAUGCUGUUCGGAGUCAAGAAUAAUGAAAAUGUUUAA